AUGAGCCGGAAGCUCGCCCCCGAAGCCAAUCGGAUUCUCUUCGUCAAGAACCUCAAGUACGCACUCCAUGAGUGGUUGCUCCGCUGCGGCAUCGGUACCGGGGAGUCGCCGGUCCCUGCAGUAUACAGGCGGAAGAAGAUUACUGACCUGGUUUUGAUUAGCUACAACGUGACUGCAGAACAGCUCUUCGAUCUCUUCGGCAAGUUUGGGCCUAUUCGCCAAAUUCGCCAGGGCAUCGCCAACAACUCCAAGGGCACGGCAUUCGUUGUUUACGAAGACGUCCACGACGCCAAACAGGCAUGCGAUAAACUCAAUGGCUUCAACUUCCAGAACAGAUACUUGGUUGUGCUGUAUCACCAGCCGGAGAAAAUGCUCCGUUCGAAAGAAGACCUGGCGGAAAGACAAGAUAAUCUGGAACGACUCAAACAGCAGCACGGGAUAGAAUGA